AUGGCGACCAACGAUGGAGGCAAGGAGGCCAAAAAGUCUGGCGGCGGCGUCACGUUGAAGACGCCCAAGGGCACCCGGGACUGGAGCGGCCCGGACAUGAUCUUGCGAGAGGAGGUCUUCCAGUCAAUCACCGACAUCUUCAAGCGCCACGGCGGUACGCCCCUCGACACGCCGGUUUUCGAACUCAAGGAGAUUCUUGCCGGCAAGUACGGCGAGGACCAGCGACUUGUCUACGACCUCGGCGACCAAGGCGGCGAGAUCUGCUCGCUGCGAUACGACUUGACCGUCCCCUUCGCCCGCUGGUUGGCCAUGAACAACAUCCAGCAGGUCAAGCGCUACCACAUCGCAAAGGUCUACCGACGAGACCAGCCUGCCAUCGCCCGCGGCCGAUACCGCGAGUUUCACCAGUGCGAUUUUGACAUUGCCGGCGUGUACGAUCCCAUGAUUCCCGACGCCGAGACGCUGCGGAUCAUCGUCGAGGUCUUCGAGGCCCUCGACCUUGGAAUCACCAUCAAGCUCAACCACAGAAAGAUCCUGGACGGCAUGUUCGCCGUCGCCGGUGUCCCUGCCGAAAAGACGCGGUCCAUCAGCUCCGCCGUCGACAAGCUGGACAAGAUGGCCUGGCCCGAGGUCAAGAAGGAGAUGGUGGAGGAGAAGGGCCUCGAGGAGGCGGUCGCGGAUCGCAUCGGCGAAUUCGUCCGUCACAGCGGCAGCGUUCCCUACAUGGUCAAGCUGCUCCGGGAGAACGAGGAGCUGCUCUCCAACGAGAGCGUCAAGGCGGGCAUCGACGACAUGGACCUCCUCGGCAAGUACCUGGAGGCCUUGGGCGCGACCGACAAGAUCUCGUUUGACAUGUCGCUGGCUCGCGGCCUCGACUACUACACAGGCCUCAUCUACGAGGUCAUCUACCAGCCGCCCAAGGAGGCCGAGGCGGAAGGCAAGAAGAAGAGCAAAAAGGACGACGCGGCGAGCCAGGUUGGCAGCAUCGCCGCCGGUGGCCGGUACGACAACCUCGUCGGCAUGUACGGCAAAAAGACGAUCCCUUGCGUCGGCAUCUCCUUUGGCGUCGAUCGCAUCUUCACCAUCCUCAAGGCAAGACGGGAAAAGGAGAACGCGGGCAAGUCGCGGACGACGGACGUGUACGUCAUGGCCUUUGGCGGCAAGGACUUUGACGGCCUGCUGUCCGAGCGCAUGUCCGUCGCUCGAAGGCUGUGGGAGGCGGGCAUCCGAGCGGAAUACUCGCCCAAGGUGAAGCCCAAGUUGCCGCAGCAGUUCAAGGCGGCCGAGGACAGGGAUGUUCCGCUCGGCAUUAUCCUGGGCCAGGACGAGAUGGCGGCCGGCCAAGUUCGGUUGAAGCAGCUGGGGCAGACCGACGCCCAGGGCGACGAUAAGCUGGGUAAGCUGGUGAACAUUGAUGAUCUGGCGGCCGAGGUCAAGAAAAUGCUGCUCUAG